CAACAAUCCACCUCCAGCAAUGCCUCCACGGUUACCCGCACUUACGGCGGCUCUUCGCCCGGCGCAGAGUACGAAUGGAAUUGUCUCGGCAUUCCUCGUCCCCUUUCUCCUGGCGAGAAACGCCUCGAUUCUGUCGAACCUCCAGGACAAAGAUGAGGCAUACAGCAAGCGCAUAAGGCGCGGUCGUGGUCCAUCGUCGGGGAAGGGAAAGACGUCAGGAAGAGGUCACAAGGGUCAGAAGCAGCACGGAAGUGUGCCAGCGAGGUUCCAGGGUGGUCAGACUACGCAGGAUGUCGUGCACCACCAGAAGGGAGGAGAGAAUUUCUUCUCCGUCGAGAUGUCGCCCAUUAACCUAAAUCGCAUACAGGAUUGGAUCGACCAGGGAAGGCUGGACCCGACCAAGCCGAUCACAGUCAAGGAGCUGGCCGAGUCGCGGUGCCUCCACGGUGUCAAGAACGACGGUGUGAAGCUUCUGGCGCGCGGAAAGCAGGAGCUGAAGACCCCAAUCAACAUCCUCGUAUCGCGCGCCUCGGCAGCGGCCAUUGAGGCCGUCGAGGCCGCUGGAGGAAAGGUCACCACCCGCUACUACACCAAGCAAUCGCUCCGCCGUCUCCUCAAGGGCGAGUCCGAAUCGUCCUUCACUCCUCUCGGAAUGAUCCCAGCAGAGGAUAGCGCCGAGCCAACCGAAUCCCCGAUCGUCGCACAGGCCAAGCCAUUCUCUUAUCGUCUCCCCGACCCAACGAGCCGUAAGGAUAUCGAAUACUACAGAGACCCGGCACACAGGGGAUACCUCAGCCACUUGAUCGCAGAGGGCGAAGGUCCAUCUUUGUUCUUCAAGACGCCAGGUAGCACGGUCAAGAAGAGCAAGAAGAAGGCUGGCAAGGAGGGUGUUGUGAAGGGAGAGAAUAAGUUGUGGUAAAUGUCGGAUUAGGCGGUAUUAUGAGUGGGGCAACUGUACUAUCUGAAGAGAGGUUAUACGGAUCAGACCUGGCAAGGAAAUGGUUCUAGAAUAUCUAGAGUGCUAACUAAGCAUAUGUACAAUACUUAAUUU